AUGUCUCCAUCAACCGAGUUUACAUGCAGAGAGAUUGUAAGGUGCUUGUCUCUGUCCAAAGAUGGAAUUGAUGCCGUGCUUGUGGUAUUUUCCUUGAGGAACAGGCUAACAGAAGAGGAGAAAUCUGCUCUUUUCGCGUUAAAGAUCCUUUUUGGAAGCGAGAUUGUAGACUACAUGAUCGUUGUUUUUACAAAUGAAGAUUUCCUUGAGGAUGAAGGUGAUACAUUGGAGGAAUAUCUGGAAGACAGUACUGACUUCAAGGAUAUUCUUGUAGCCUGCAAUGACCGCAAGGUGUUGUUUGGAAACAGACCCAAAGCCCCUGAGAGUCAGAAAGCUAAGCAAGUUCAGGAGAUCCUAAACUAUGUUGAAGAAGUUUCAAGGAAAAAUGGGAAACCGUAUAUGAAUGAUUUAUCUCAUGAGAUACAGGAACACGAGACUGCAUUCCAAGAAAAGCAGAGAGAGGUCUUGGAAAUGAAGAAGGGCGGCUUCACGGAACAAGAUAUGUCUCGAAUGAUUGAAAACAUGAAUAACUCUCGUGAUGCCCAGCUGCUUAAUGAAAUGGUGGAGAGGGUUGAGCGUAAGCUGAAAGAGACAGUAGAGAAGCUAGAGCAGCAACUGAACGAAGAGCGAGCUGCAAGACUUGAACUGGAGAAAAAGGCAAUACAAGUUGAGAAACGUUCAAGUGAUGUUGCUAAAAAGCUUAACAAAGAGCAAGCUGCAAGACUUGAGUCGGAGAAAAAAGCAAACGAAGUCAAGAAACAUACAAACGAUGUCAUUAACAAGCUGAAGAAAGAUCUAUCGAGGGCUGAAAAUAUGACCCGGGCACUUCAAGGAAAGGCUAAACAGUGCAUCAUUAUGUGA